UGGUCGCCUGGGAAACGCAUCGAUGGACAGCUUCUCUUCAAGGAUAAGACAAGAGAUCUGCGUGGCAUAUCUCUAAGCGUGGCCAUUUCGGAGCAUGUGCCCAUGGUGCAGCUGAACAGGAACACAAACAGUUACCAGGGCGUCGAAGUUGAGAUUAUUGCAGCCCUGGCCAAGACAUUGCACUUCCAGGCCAACUAUUACAACCUUAAUGAGAGCGAGAGCAAUACAGAUUGGGAGGGUUUCGAAAAUGGCAAUGAAAAUGCUUCGCAGUUGAUUGCAGAACGAAUCGUGGCCGAAGUGGCCCAACACAAUGCACGCUUUGGCAUUGGGGAUCUGCAUCUAUUCCAGAGCUAUGGGCAACACGUAGAGCUGAGUCGGCAGCACAGUGUCGAGUGUCUGACUUUCUUGACGCCUGAAUCAUCGACGAACAACUCGUGGCAGACCUUCAUUCUGCCAUUCAGUGGUGGCAUGUGGGCGGGCGUCUUGCUCUCGUUGUUUGUUGUGGGCACCAUCUUCUAUUUGAUCAGUUUCCUCAACGCUCUGCUGCUGCUCGACAGCCGGCAAGCUGCCAGCUUCUUUCGCUGUCUGCGUCGCAAGCAGAGGCGGCAACUGCAACUGCAGCAACAGCAACGCGAGUGGAAACGUUUCAGCUUUCGCCUUGAGCUUGCGCGGCAUCGACAACAGCAGCAACAGCAGCAGCUGCGUCGAGGAAAUGGUCGAGAUCUGUUCGAUGAUUAUGCCAACUGCAUUUUGCUUACGUACAGCAUGCUUCUCUAUGUGGCACUGCCACGCAUGCCACACCACUGGCCACUGCGUGUGCUCACAGGCUGGUAUUGGAUCUACUGCAUCCUGCUGGUGGCCACCUACAGGGCCAGCUUCACAGCCAUUCUGGCCAAUCCGGCGGCACGUGUGACAAUAGACACGCUUCAGGAUCUGAAUCGAGCUCGCAUUCCACCUGCAACUGGCGCCGCUGAGGACAGACAGUUCUUUUUGGAGUCCAGCGAUGAAACGGUUCGUGAAUUAGGCGCCAGCAUGGAAAUUGUGAAAAACAAUGAUGAGCUGACGGAGCGUAUUGCGAGUGGCCGCUGUGCUUACUAUGACAACGAGUUCUACUUGCGGUAUCUGCGUGUGGCAGACGAGGCACGUGGUGGCAGAGCAACAACGGCGCUGCACAUCAUGAAGGAAUGCGUGGUGCAUAUGCCAGUGGUGUUGGCACUGGAGAAGAAUUCAGCGCUGAAGCCACACGUUGAUGAUAUCAUACAGCAUUUGAGCGAAGCUGGUGAGUGCAUGGUGAUAAUUCAACACUCAGACUGAACAUUUGAUUCGCAGGACUCAUUGCCAAGUGGCUGCGCGAUGCUAUCAAACGUCUGCCGGCUGAGGAGCA